AUGCAUCAACAGGCGAGGAUACCCCAGAGGAAGGCUUCAUCGCCAGCGCCAUCACCUCAGCUUCCUUCGUCGCGGAGUGCCCCCAACGCUGAUGCUGGCAUCGGCGGAGCCCGCCCUCGGACGGGAUCCAACCUCUCAAUGAACCAGCCUGCAGCGGCCCCAGGCCCCAGUGACAUCCAAACCACCUCGACCUUGCCCAGUGACUCCGUCAAGAAGCUGGAUCAGAUAGUACAGAACUUCUACACCAAGGCUGCUGCAUUAAUUCUAGACUCGAGGAUGAAAAUACGACCCAUACGCAAUUCUAGUGGAGCAGCCAAAGUCAACAAAUGGUAUCAAAUAGAGACAGACGAGAUUGAUGAUUUCCGAGAAGAGCUGAAGACUUGGAAAACUUGUGGCAGCCUGGAAAGUCUCCCGCCUCCAAUGGUCAUCGAGGUGUACCUAGACGCAUCAUCACUCAAGGAAAGCCAGAGUCUAAUUACUGUAGACGAAGAAGGCAAACGCUGGGAUGUCAUGGAACAACUGCAGUCGUCCCGGUCAAGUGAUAGCACGUCGCCCAGUACAUUCGGCCGCAACACAGAAGUGGUGCUGGAACGUUGGACCGUCGAGCUCUUGCCCAAUAGCUCCAUGCCAACCGAAGACUUUGGCCCCAUCCUCCCAACCAUCUACAAAAAAGCCAUCGUCUUUUUCCGAUCCCUCUUCAUCACCACAAGACUGCUUCCCGCCUGGAAAUUCACAAGUCAGGGAAGAGCAAAAGGCUGUGUUGCGGCGCUCUCCCCUCGUUGCCGCAUACUCAUGCAGCGCCCGCACAGGAGAUCUCCAGAUCUGUUGAAGACCCCAAUCGAUGGCAGGCCAGAUCCUGUGACAGAAUACAUGUUUGGAGAUCUGGAUGUCCCUGUCGGCCGGCUGAGUACAUCGGUUACGUACAGAAGCGAAUGCAAUUUUAGAAUCGACGAUGCCGAGUCGCUACUUAGCUCCAGGUUUAUGGGUAUUGAUGAGAACUACUUCAAGCCCUCCAUUCCCCAAGGAGCCGGCUCGCCAAGAGCUGCACAGCCCGAGGUUGGCUCAUUACGAGACCACCGAAACCGACCCGGCAUUGGUGAUGUUCAACAGACAUACGGGACCAUUCAAGGCCGGAUCUCUCUCAGGUUCUCCCGUACCUCGAUCUCUCGAGCCAGAGUCACCGGCAUCGCUACAAAAUCGAACAUCGGCUUUCCCACCGAUGCAGCCUAG